GAUGCCCAAAGCGAAGUCGACCUGACCAAGACAAAAAGCUGAAAAAAAACGGCAAGAGGGUUUACAAUUGUAAAUAACACCCCGGCGCAAAAAAACAAACUGAGCCCGGAUCCGAAAACUCGGCUUUAAGGUUUUUUUCCCAAUAAGAGGCGCAGCUUGUCACUCGCCCUUUGGGUGGCCCGAACUUCGCACGGUGGGUGUCAGCGACACAUCCCUUCAUUCAUACAUCGGCUUUCGGCCACCGCAGGUCCUUGUGUCUUCGUGAAGCUUUAUGCAGAUGAUGCGUCAAUAGCCACUGUCUAAUCCAGUUCGCGAAUCCGCUCAACAUCCAUCCGGGAGUGACACAUAGAAAAACUACCGCACCAUAACCCCCUGCCUCUACCGCCCUUGACACAACAGGACUCCAUUUUUAACGACAAUGCCUUCUCCGGAUAGCCAGGUGGCCGAUGCCCCUGUGCAAGAAACCGAAACCCGGGAUAAUCCUCCGCAAGAUGCGACUACCUUGCCGGAACAUGGUAACAUAGGGGUUCAAGGGGAUGGGAGCUCUACGGCGAACGCGACUUCCAACGGACAAAUCGUUAAUGGCUCCGCCCCAGCAGCUGCAGCAGGAGAAGGGACACAAGAGAAACAACGAACGAUAGAACCUUCUGGGGUACCUAAUACACAUGCGCUCGAAGGGCCAAUAUCAAAGGUUCCAAGCCAGCCGCAAUCACCAAAUUCUACAAUCUCACAGGCAAGCGGCGCCACACUCAGCCGAAAACGAUCUCGAUCGGGUUCGAUAAUACGCUCUACGUCCCCUCCCCCACCAUCCUCAGCCCUUCCUGUCCGCCCCCGUGAAACUCCUGCCGACAAAAUAUUACUUGAACAAUAUGUCAAUCGAGAAUUUCACCACUCUGGGCUAAUGGCCUGGAAGAGCCCGCACCAGGAGCUUCUCCAGAAAAAGCGCGCCGAAAGAGACUACUAUCUGUCUUUACAGCAUGAGCGCCGGCUGAAUCCUGGCGCAAUAUUCGGACCUGGAUACGAAGGCUACGGAAACGCGCGGACUGACCUAAAAUCCCAACAUCCCCAGCUUCUUUAUCCCUCCCAUCGAAGGCGACCAGGUGGGAGGAAAUCGAAGGAUCUUCGUAUAUCGCGAGAUGAUAUGCUCGCGCAGGCAGAACAGCUCGAGGACUUGGUUCCCAUCCGGUUAGACAUCGAUUGGGACAAGAUUAAACUGCGAGACACCUUCACCUGGAACCUCCAUGAUCGAGUCACGCCGCCAGAUGUAUUUGCAGAGAAACUAGUUGAGGAUUUGCGUCUUCCUCUCGAGUCUUGCGCGCCACUAGUGCGCCAGAUCUCCCAAAGCAUCCAAGACCAGCUAGCCGACUUCUACCCUCAAGUAUUUAUAGAGGAAGUGGCUUUAGAUCCCCACCUCCCUUAUCACGCGUAUAAAAAUGAUGAGAUGCGCAUCCUCGUCAAACUCAACAUCACUAUCGGCCAGCAUACUCUAGUGGACCAAUUUGAAUGGGAAAUCAAUAACCCACUUAAUUCACCAGAGGAGUUUGCAAUUCAAAUGACGAAAGAUCUCUCCCUUCCAGGAGAAUUUACUACUGCUAUCGCCCACUCCAUCAGGGAGCAGAUUCAACUAUUCACCAAAAGCUUAUAUAUUCUGUCACACCCCUUCGACGGUCGACCGAUCGAGGAUCCAGACCUUAAAGCAUCCUUUCAACCAUCUCCCCUCCUUUCGCCCUUCCGCCUCUUCCAAUCCGCCAAGGAUUUCACACCCUACCUUUACGAGCUUAACGAAGCCGAGAUUGAACGUACAGAAGUCUCCAUCUCUCGGGAACAACGCCGGCAAAAACGCUCCGUCAACCGGCGUGGUGGUCCUGCUUUGCCUGAUCUUAAAGACCGCCAACGAACUAUCCGCACACUGGUUGUAUCUUCUGUUAUACCUGGAGCAGCAUCUUCAAUAGAAGAGAGCCGCUUGUUCAAGCGCUCGGGUACCAGCCGGAGCAGACGCGCAACUGCCGGCCAGCGGGAUGGAGGUGAUGAAUCAGACGAUUCUGAUAGCGACGAGUCGUCUGCGGACUCGCCGGCAGUAUCUCACCUUUCCCAAGGCACCGCCAGGACGAGAGGCAUGAGAGGUGCCGCGUCCGUUGCACAGGCUGCAAUGCGCGCCAAUCUCGUCCGGUCUGCCACCCCAGAAGUCAUGAGCCUCCACGAACCGAGAACCUCAGCUCGACAUCGCGAUUACAGGGACGAGAGCUCCGACGUGCCUGAUAAACUCAUCGUGAAAUUGAAAAUUGGCCGCGAAAAACUCCGCCAAUUCUUAAAGGACAUAAAGAGCAACAAGACGCAUAAAUCCUCAGCCGCAAGGGGAUCCACGCCAUCUACGGGCACGAAGAAUGUAGCUCAGACGACAGCCACAACAACAACUACUCGCAGCUCCAUGGGUCCGCCGCAAUCCCAAGCUCCUCAGCCAACACCACCAAAACGUCCCUCCGCAUCGCAGCUUAACGGUGUAAUCGAUGCACCUAACCCCCCUCAACCAGGGGUCCCAGGGCCUCCACCCCCAUCCUGGCUCGUCCGUGGUUUAAAUAAUCUCAAACGCUCCUACCCCCGUGACUCUUUCGAAGGUACCAUGCGAUACACAGCCGUAGACCCGCACACCGGCCUCCCCCUCGCAAACGCCGCAACCACCCAUGCAGGCCAGAAGCUGACAUAUAAAUAUUUCCCGCGCAUCCGCUGCCACGAUUGUCCCGGGAAACUAUACACACCCGGCCCAGCGAUGACUGUAGAUAAUUUCGAGGUUCAUUUAAAGAAUCGCCAGCAUAAGGAGAGGGUGGAGGAGAGGCAUGCGAAGGCGGCGGCGGAGGCGGAGGCGGCGGCAGGUGGUGCUGCUGGCGCUGGCAAUGCUGCUCCUUCUGCCCCUGGCACCAGUACUGGUGAAGAAGCGGGUGCUGGGGAUGGUGCCGGGAAGACUAACUCUGGCGCCGGAGAAAAUACUACGGUUUCCGGUAUCGAUGCCACUGCAGCUACUGCUACCGGAACCACUGCGUCGUCUGCCGAUACUGCCUCGUAGAUUAGUGAAUUCAGGCGGAUCAAGGGGAGGUCCUCAUAGUAUUUUUGUAUCGAUUGGACACGGAAAGAAUGCUGAUGAUCUAUCUCCCUUCUCGCUCGUGGAUGUGAGAGAUUUGAGAGUGGGGAAGUUUGCGUGAAAAGAGCGUCGUUUUUAGAAGCCUCCCUCCAUUUUAUCCCUUUAUGUCAUUAUUAUUACCUUAUUUUAUCAUCAGCAUCAUGAUUAUCUUGCCUACCACAUUGUAUGGAGUAGAUUAAUUUACCUCCUCUUUUUGUUUCCUUCCAUUUUCUAUGCUGCCCUUGAUUUUAGGAAACGAGCCAAUUAUCUCUUUAGUAAAUAACUACAGCUACCAUUUUCAAUUCCUUCCCUAUGUCCCGAAAUCUCUGUACUUUCUCUGUGGAACUAUAUUCCGUAUUUAUUUAAAUAGUUAACAAGCUGAGAGGAAAAAAUUAUACAAAAAAAAUCAAAGUUUUU